UUUUCCUCUUAUAUAAAAUUUUGGUUUCAUGGUUUAGCGAAGACGGCUUCUCUCUCUCUCUCUCUCCUCUCCAAUUAUUUGACCUCUCCUUCAUCCUUCUUGUCUUCUCUCCUCCUCUACAUCAGUUCUGCUUGGAGCUUUCCGGUCUACAUGAAGGGGCUAGUAAGCGGCAUUGUAUUGGUUCUAUUAGUGGUCGAUACUAUUAAAGGAAGCCAAUAUGGUGAUGGGAUUUGUAAAUACAAGAGAGCAUUGGCUCCAAGACCCCACAGUGUCACACUUACCGAGUUUGGUGCAGUUGGGGAUGGGGCGACGAUAAAUACCCUCGCAUUUCAAAAUGCAAUCUUCUAUUUGAGGUCUUUUGCUGACAAGGGUGGAGCUCAGCUGUAUGUUCCCAAAGGGAAGUGGCUUACAGGGAGCUUCAAUCUCAUAAGCCAUCUCACUCUAUUUCUUGACAAAGGAGCUGUCAUCAUUGGAACUCAGGAUCUACAACAAUGGCCUACAGCAGAUCCUUUACCAUCAUAUGGUAGUGGAAUUGAACUUCCAGGAAGAAGGUACCAGAGUUUGAUUAAUGGCAACAAUUUGAUAGAUAUAGUAAUAACAGGGGAUAACGGAACCAUAGAUGGCCAGGGAUUAGUGUGGUGGGACUUUUUCCGCUCUCAUAUUUUGAAUUAUAGUCGACCUCAUCUUAUUGAGAUCGUGAAUUCUAAAUAUAUUUUUGUCUCAAAUUUAACUUUCUUGAAUCCCCCGGCCUGGACAAUUCAUCCAGUUUACUGUAGCAAUUUAACGGUUCAGGAUAUAAUAAUCAAUGCUCCAUCAGAUUCUCCAUUCACAAAUGGUGUAGUUCCAGAUUCAUGCUCAGAUAUGUGCAUUAAGGACAGUAGCAUCACUGUGGGUCAUGAUGCAAUCACCCUCAAGAGUGGCUGGGAUGAGUAUGGGAUUUACUACUCUAAACCCUCUUCCAAUAUCCAUAUCACCAAUGUCUUCCUCCAAUCCCUUUUUGGGUCUGCCCUUGCAUUUGGCAGUGAAAUGUCUGGAGGAAUCUCAGACAUCCAAGCCGACCAUCUUCAAAUUUACAACUCAAAUAUUGGUAUCAACUUUAAAACCACGAGAGGCCGUGGUGGUUUCAUGAAAGACAUUUUAAUCUCUGAUGUAGUGUUGCAGUCUGUCAGUACUGCAAUUAACUUUGACGGGCACUUUGGCCGUCACCCUGAUGAAAAAUAUGAUCCUGAAGCACUUCCAAUGAUCGAUAGAAUCACAAUCAAGAAUGUCAUUGGAACCAAUGUUUCUGUUGCAGGUGCUCUAUCUGGUAUUGAGAAUGAUUCCUUCACUGCCAUUUGCCUUUCAAACAUCAACUUGACACUUACUUCGUCGUCAGAGACUUCAACUUCAUGGAAUUGCUCCAAUGUCUCAGGUUUCUCUGAAGAGGUCUCCCCUGAGCCAUGUUCUGAUCUGCAGAUUCAGUACUCCAAUUCAUCUCUUGUUUGUUAUUCCCUUGCUGCUAAGUAUAAGUAUGUUCCUUUGGCUAUGUCAUAAGCAGUUUAGCUGUCUCUGCUGCUCGGGUUUCCACCAUACAAUGUUUGAUACCUCAAGCCCUCUGAGUGCUCUUGCAGGUAAUUCUUUUUCAUUACAAUAAGCUGUAUGUAAGCUCGUUAUUGCCUGGAAGUUAUGUGUUGUACAGCUCCAUUUAUUUCAUUCAAAUCUGUAAGAAAAGUUUUUUUGGUCU